AUUUUUCGCUUCAAGCAAAGUUCCCACCCACGCGUUUCUUCCCCCUCUUUUCCCUCUCCACAGUUUCACCUUCCACUCACAACUCAACCUCUCUUGGUCUCCUCAGACCGAUCGAGGCGGUCUCUCUUUUUACCUCUAGCCAAACUCGAGUCGAGCGCGGCUUGACCACAAUCUCACCAUCCGUCGCCUUGCACAUUUGUCCCCAAAUCUGCCAAAUUUCCUACUGCAUUCUUGUGCAUUCCGUCGUGCUGCAUCCCCCAGCGCGCAGUGCACGUCAAAGCAGCCCAGGGCAGCCAGGUCUCGCCCCCCCCCCCCCCCAAAAGAGAGAGAGGCCCAACCGGAAGUUUUGCGCUGGGGCCCUCCCGCAAUUCGAAAAAGGAACCCGACCAACGAACGGUCCCUCCAACCGAACCCGUCCAUUCCUCGCAUUGCACCAAGUGAAAUCCAUCGGCCUACCACCACGAAACGACGCAGGCCCCUAACAUCUGUCUAGCACCUAUAGACGCCAACGACACCCAGCGUUUCGAACCGUCCGAUCAGUCUCUUUCUUUGUUCACAUUACAGCAACAACAAUCACCUCGACGCCCGCUUCCGUUGCCUCAUUCUGCUCGAGACGCAUCUUGCAAUUACGACGGACGGACCGCGUCCAGCUACAAGUCGACCGCCUCUCGCUUUUCCCCGCUACCCUGCGACUGUGAGGCCCCAAUUGCUCUCGAACUUUGUUGACUUUGAUCCGUCACGACAUUCGCUUGCCUCCAUCCACUGCGUCGGCUACAUCGACGUUACUCCCGAAAGGAUAAUAUUGUGGCGCUCGCUGGACGACCAUUGCUUUCGCUCCCUGCCGAAACCGUCUUCGUGCGACCUUUGUGGACGUCGACCGUCGCUCCUUUCGCAAUCUCUUGGCACCCUAAUCUCCAUCAGCGUGUCCCAGCGGGACCACGCUCAACGUCGAGCCGACCUCAGUCGCGCGACCCAUCAAUCCUCAGUACAGAAUAGAGCAACACUCUUUGCAAUCCUUUUCAUUCGGGCCACGCGUCUGACCCUCUCGACACCUCAUCGUCACCCGCCACAUUUGCCAGAAUGUCUGUUAUGUUGCAGACACCUUCUCGAGCUUCUACCGGAUCCACCACUUCCUUCCACCCUCUCUCCCGACAAAACACCAUGUCUUCCUACGAGGGCUCGCGGUCUACCCGCCAGUCCAAGCGGUAUUCCAUGUCGGCCUUGUACAUGUCCAUGUCCGCCAAUGACUCCGAUCUCAUAAUCGAAGAUGAGCUUGCUAGAGCGCAAAAGGUGCUGCGGGAUCUCAAGACCAAGAUCUCCUCGCAAUCCAAAAAGAAUUUCGUACUUGAGAAAGAUGUCCGCUACUUGGACUCGCGUAUUGCCCUGCUGAUCCAAAAUCGCAUGGCUUUGGAAGAGCAAAACGAAGUCGCCAGUCACCUCGAAGACGCAACCGAUAUACAAGAGGGCGCCUUCCCCAACGAUGACAAGACACAAAAAUACGGAAACCUGCUCUUCCUGCUACAAUCGGAGCCCAGGCACAUUGCGCAUCUGUGUAGGCUUGUCACCAUGGCCGAGAUUGAUUCACUGCUUCAGACGGUCAUGUUCACCAUCUACGGAAAUCAAUACGAGAGUCGCGAAGAGCAUCUGCUCUUGACCAUGUUUCAGUCUGUCCUCACCUACCAAUUCGACAAUACGCCUGAAUACUCUUCGCUUCUUCGCGCCAACACCCCGGUCUCGAGAAUGAUGACGACAUACACGAGGAGAGGUCCAGGCCAGAGCUUUUUGAAAUCGGUUUUGGCUGAUAGGAUCAACAGCCUGAUUGAGCUCAAGGAUCUGGACCUCGAAAUUAACCCGCUCAAGGUCUAUGAGCGCAUGAUUGAAGAGGCCGAAGCGAAAGACCCUGAGAGUCCCGAGGCGAUGCUCCCCAAGGGGAUUACGCAGGAAGAGGCCGCUGAGAACCCCAAGGUUCAGGAGAUCAUCAAUCCGCGGCUGACCAUGUUGACAGAGAUUGCCAAUGGAUUCUUGGAAACCAUCAUCGAUGGGCUCGAAGAAACCCCUUACGGAAUCCGGUGGAUUUGCAAGCAAAUUCGGAGCUUGACAAAGAGGAAAUACCCCGAUGCCAAUGAUCAGAUCAUUUGCACGCUCAUUGGCAGUUUCUUCUUCCUGCGCUUCAUCAACCCAGCAAUCGUCACACCCAAGUCGUAUAUGCUCAUCGACGGCACACCUGCCGACAAGCCGAGAAAGACGCUCACCUACGUCGCAAAAAUGCUCCAGAACCUGGCCAAUAAGCCCUCAUACGCCAAGGAACCGUACAUGGCCAAGCUACAGCCUUUUAUCCAUGCCAACAAGGACAAGGUCAACCGAUUUAUGCUCGAACUGUGCGAGGUGCAAGAUUUCUACGAGACACUUGAGAUGGACAACUACGUCGCCCUUUCCAAGAAGGAUUUGCAGCUGGACAUUACGCUCAACGAAAUCUACGCUAUGCACGGAUUGCUCGAAAAGCACGCUGGUGAGCUGUACAAGGACGAGAACUCCCAUCUGGCCAUCAUCAUGUCAGAGUUGGGUACUGCUCCACCUCAGGUGCCGCGAAAGGAGAACAGGGUCAUCAAUUUGCCGCUAUUCAGUAGGUGGGAAACGGCCAUUGACGAUCUGACCGCCGCCCUGGACAUUACCCAAGAAGAGGUCUUCUUUAUGGAAGCGAAGUCGAUUUUUGUGCAGAUUUUGCGAACGAUCCCGGCAAACUCGUCAGUAGCUAGGAGGCCACUGCGGCUUGAACGCAUCGCCGACGCGGCUGCCACGUCCAAGAACGAUGCGGUGAUGGUCCGUAAAGGUAUCCGGGCGAUGGAGCUGCUGAGUCAGUUGCAGGAACUGAAGGUUGUCGACAAGAGUGACCAAUUCUCAUUGCUACGAGAUGAGGUUGAGCAGGAACUCCAACAUCUCGGCUCACUCAAGGAAGUCGUCAUGUCCGAGACUAUCAAACUUGAGGAGGUUUACAAGACAAUCCGUGACCACAACGCCUACUUGGUCAGCCAGUUGGACACGUACAAGAGCUAUCUUCACAACGUACGAAGCCAGAGCGAGGGCAAGACCAGAAAGCAACAGAAGCAACAGGUGCUAGGCCCGUACAAGUUUACCCAUCAACAGCUCGAAAAGGAGGGCGUCAUCCAAAAGAGCAAUGUCCCGGACAAUAGGAGGGCCAAUAUCUACUUCAAUUUCACAAGUCCACUUCCGGGAACGUUUGUCAUCUCGCUGCAUUACAAGGGUCGGAACCGAGGACUGCUCGAACUGGACCUCAAGCUCGACGAUCUCCUUGAAAUGCAGAAGGACAACCAGGAUGAGUUGGACCUCGAGUACGUGCAGUUCAACGUGCCCAAAGUCCUCGCGCUGCUCAAUAAGCGCUUCGCCCGGAAGAAGGGGUGGUAGACACAUCACUCAGUCUGACUUUACUUUUUCCGUUGCGAGGUGAGGGAUGAUAUCCCCAUGAUGUGAUAUCCCUCGCCUGGAGUUGGUGGAGUUUUUGCUUGGCGGUCUUCAUCUGACUCUUGAUACCACUUUCGUUUUGCGGUUCCCAGUACUCCAAGUGUUCCCAACACCCACCUACCUACAACACUGACCAUGCCGGAUGGAAAGGGGCAAGGGGGUGUCGGAGAGCAGUCUGGUCUUCGUCCAUGGUUGGAGCGCUAUUCGGGCCAAUCACGCUUUGACCUCACCCGGCUUUCAUCCUAUCGGUCAUCCUAACAUCUCUGAAUCAUGGUCGUUUCUAGUUGCGUUUAUAUAUGCACAUAGUUAGCGAGCUUUUGGGCCAUCUCCUUUUGUGUUUGUCGUUUUGGUUAUACCUCCUGUCGUUUUACGAAUGGUUUCCUUACCUGAUUUUUGCCGUUAAUCACGCCGUUCUCGCUUUCAAUGUAGGAUCCGCUUGGGUGUCUCACCCACGUACCUAAUCAGCUCUCGUAUGUCUGUCUGGCUUUUGCUAUUCCUGGUUUUUCUCGUUAUGAACUUUUCCUCUCAUCACGCAACUGCAGAGGACUCGGCGGACGGACGGACGGACGAACGAACAAUGACACCCACGAAGAGUGAUUUUUGGUCCCGCUCGGCUGGCCUGGCUUGGGAUGGACUGAACAACAUCUUUACGCAUACUACAUACCCCUUACUACGUACUACUUAAUAACCUGGGACUGGAGAGAGUUGAGGACAGAUCAGGAAGCGGUGGGCAAUACACAGGCCCAACUUUGGUUUCGAGACCUGGUGUAUGAUGGCAGAUGAUAUCGGGCAAAUGUGUUGAAAGGGGGAUUAAGGAGGCAAUGCGUUGAAGGGUUGAGAAAGCUCCCGCACAAUGCAAAGAAAGAAGCGGAGGAUGCGAAAUCCUGGCGGGGCCGGUGAUCAGAAACGAAAAGAAAUCGAAUGAGUUUCCUUGUUUAUCAAACAAUAAAGCCGGCGACGAGGCUGCGAUGACAUCCACGCACGAUUGGCUGCCUCGUCUUUACCAGAGAUGAGGGUUCUAAUAAGUUCGGCGGGUCCGCACCGCAAAGUGCGCUGGGAUAGGUGACGGGUCUGCCGGUCCUUGUACUUGGCUGACCGAGGGACGAAUCUGGAAACCUAAGAGGUCGUUUCGGGUGUGUUAAUCCAGGGAAAAGUAACAUUGUCCGAUUUUCAAGUCGGCCUGCAAUACGCCUUUUCUCGAUUGUGUCUUAGUCCUUAAAUCUUCUAUACUUUCACUGUAUGAAUCAUGUUAAAACUCUUUUCUCAGUUAAAUUUUUUUCUUCUGUGGCGUUAUGGAUCGGGCAGCAGGGAGUCCAAGAAGAUAUGGCAGACCCAAUGGGAAAAACAAUGAGUUGAAAAGACGACAGAAUAUGUAGGGGAAGGGGGAAAGG